AUGCAACCUGGUAUACCCACAGCCGGCAACGGCCAGGUUAUGAUAACCGAAGCGCAGUUAGCAGACAUCGCAAAUCGGGCUCAUGCCGAAGCAAAAAUAGUUGGCGCUGCAACUGCCCCUCUCACAGUAGUAUUUAUAGCCAUCGUUACUCUGGCAGCAAGUGUAGCCGUGGUACUGUCUCUCAUCCCGGUCUACGUUCCUAAUCCAGCCAGCGGUCCACAUUUAGUUGCAACUCGUCGACCAACGGACGUUGUCACGACUGCCCGACCGACGCGACACUCGACCAUUCGAAGAGUUACAACAAGAAAGACUUCGGUCGUGCCAGCCACAGCUGAGACUGAUGUGACUGGGGAUGGUUCAGUUACAACCAUAGCCAGUGAAGAAGCACAAUAUGCUGCAGAUGAACCAUCUGGAAUAUUAACAUGA